ACAAUGGACAACAAUGAAUUAGAGGAAAAAGGAUGUUUCAAAGAAAUACGUCCAAUACGGUGACGCCCAGGCUUAGCUUCUGCUGAAAAUGUGCCCUGCUGUCAAGUGGGCGUAACGAAGCGAAGCUCCACCGCCAUUUAUCACUGCAUUGCGUUUAUUACAAGAGAAGCACGUGUGCCUCGGCCACAUUCAACCGCAUCAUUAAGGCGAGUUCCUCUACCAUAAGCAGUCCUCAUCGACGUCCAACGGCUGAUCUCGUGAGGCGAGCGUUUUCCAUCCGUGUCCAACAACUACAGGCGCCUCUAAUAAUGACGUGAAAUAAUGCCCGAGGAAAUUUUCAAGUGGUCCAAAUAUGGAGGAGGCAGAAUGGCUGCGGGAGAACCUGAACUCGUCGAUGCGAUACGGGGCUUUCUCUCUUGAAACGAAUGCCGGCUCUGCGGCAAUGAACGUGACCCUAAACGUAUCCAGCCUUAACCUUACGCAACAGGAAGAUGGGAUCAACAUAUACUAUUUUUACGAGAAAGAGCAGUUCGCCGUUAUGGGCGGUCUGUUCUUCGCAAUAGUGAUUGGAAACGGGGCUGUACUGGCGGCGCUGCUGUUGACCAGAAGCCGGAAGUCGAGAAUGAACCACUUCAUAAAGCAGCUGGCUAUCGCCGAUCUUCUCGUCGGUCUGAUAAACGUCGGCACGGAUAUCAUUUGGCGUUCGACGGUCGACUGGCUGGCUGGAAACCUUGCCUGCAAGCUCAUCAAGUAUUUUCAGGUAGUCGUGACCUACAGCUCGACGUACGUCCUCGUCGCCCUGAGCAUAGACAGGUACGACGCCAUCGCACACCCAAUGAAUUUCACCGGAGGCUGGUUUCGGGCGAAGUGUCUGAUCGCCGCAGCCUGGAUUCUCUCCUUCGUGUUCGCCAGUCCGGUCGGAAUCCUUUUCAAGCAAGCGGUCGUAAACAACAAAGUUCAGUGCUGGAUCGAGAUGGAGGAAAAUCAAUGGCAAAUUUACAUAUCUCUGGUGAGCGUGACUUUGUUCAUCCUUCCGGCUAUCAUCAUCACGGCUUGCUACACGUGCAUCGUUUGCACUAUAUGGAACAAGAGUAAACAGAUUAUACCGAAAGUACAACGGCCUAAGAUAAACGGCCACUUCGACGACGAAGAAGUCGCACGACGCGCGAGCAGUCGUGGUCUCAUUCCUCGUGCGAAGAUAAAAUCCGUCAAGAUGACGCUGGUCAUAGUUUUUGUAUUCAUCGUUUGCUGGUGCCCCUACAUAAUAUUCGACCUGCUACAAGUGUUCAAUCACAUACCGAGAACUCAGACCUCCAUCGCUGUGGCCACCUUCAUCCAAAGUCUGGCGCCCCUCAACUCCGCUGCAAACCCGAUAAUCUACUGUGUAUUCUCAUCCCACAUCUGCAGAAACCUGAGGUACUUGCUUAGAAAGCUGCCUCCAGUUCGAUGGAUUCUUGGUGGUCCGCGGGCAGGUCGAAUGGGACAAUCGAGGACUGACACGACAAGCUUGACGGAAGGAGUCCAGAGCACGCGGGUUCGUUCGGUCCAUUCGGUUCACGUUGCGCGUGCCUCGCACUGUUUGCGUACUUCGAACCACAAACUGUAAGGACGAAGACCUUCGAGGAAGGCGGUUUCGAGGUAAUUGCUUGACGGUGCGAAUAGCUGUCUGGGUUAAAUUUCGGGGUUCGAUCCCUGGGUGAGUGGCGGCAAAAGAGUCGAGCAUACGCCGAGGGAGAAUCGACGAGCUCGAAAGUAUUAAGUGGUAAGAUAGGUGAUUGGCGGAUACGAGAGGUGACAAGGAGUAUACAGGUGUUACAUACGUAAGUCGAAAUAUAAAUUGACUGGCGAAUGCACCGCUGUGCAGUAGCCGGUCGAUGUUAAACCGGGGAAAAGUUUUCGCUAUACAUAAAAAACGUCUAUACCUAUACCUUGAUGUACUGUAUACAAUGAUAUCCUGAUGAUAAUGGUAAUGAUAACAUGGAAUGAUUAAGACAUUAUUAUUAUUAUCAUCAUUAAUGUUGACCAUAUAUGUUAUAAUGAAACUAUGAUUGUUAAAUGUAUAUUGUUUAUUUGUUACAUGUUAUACGUACUUGAUAUAUACAUGUACCUAUGUGACAACGCGGUUAAACCGUCUUAGUGUAAUAACCGAGCUAAGAGGAGAGACGUUGAUGUACGAUGAAAUCUCUGUUGAACAGUAUUACUAUAUAAAUAUUAUUAUAUAUUGAUCGACGAAUUGAUUUUAAUUGAUUGCGUCGUAGGGCACAUAAAAUUCACGACAUACACACGGACAUACCUAUAGAAAUAUAUAUAUAUAUAUAUAUAU